UUAUGGUUGGUAUGGGUCAAAAAGAUUCCUAUGUGGGUGAUGAAGCUCAGAGCAAAAGAGGUAUCCUUACUUUGAAAUAUCCCAUUGAACAUGGCAUCAUCACCAACUGGGAUGAUAUGGAAAAGAUCUGGCACCACACUUUCUACAAUGAACUCCGUGUGGCCCCUGAGGAACACCCCACAUUGCUAACAGAAGCACCCUUGAAUCCUAAAGCCAAUCGUGAAAAGAUGACUCAGAUAAUGUUUGAGACCUUCAACGUACCUGCUAUGUACGUGGCGAUCCAGGCUGUCCUGUCCCUGUAUGCCUCUGGUCGUACAACAGGUAUUGUUCUUGAUUCUGGCGAUGGCGUCACCCAUAAUGUACCUAUUUAUGAAGGUUAUGCUUUGCCUCAUGCUAUCAUGCGUCUGGAUCUGGCUGGCAGGGAUCUGACUGACUACCUUAUGAAGAUCCUCACAGAGCGUGGUUAUUCCUUUGUGACAACAGCUGAACGUGAGAUUGUUCGUGAUAUCAAAGAGAAAUUGUGCUAUGUUGCACUGGACUUUGAGAAUGAAAUGGCCACUGCUGCCUCUUCCUCCUCUCUGGAAAAGAGCUAUGAAUUGCCUGAUGGUCAGGUAAUCACAAUCGGGAACGAACGUUUCCGCUGCCCGGAAACCUUAUUCCAGCCAUCCUUUAUUGGUAUGGAAUCUGCUGGUAUUCAUGAAACUACUUACAACAGUAUCAUGAAAUGUGAUAUUGAUAUUCGUAAGGACCUGUAUGCUAACAACGUCCUCUCGGGUGGUACGACGAUGUACCCUGGCAUUGCUGAUCGCAUGCAGAAAGAAAUAACUGCACUUGCUCCUAGCACUAUGAAGAUCAAGAUCAUUGCCCCACCUGAGCGAAAGUACUCUGUCUGGAUUGGUGGCUCCAUUCUGGCAUCUCUGUCCACCUUCCAGCAAAUGUGGAUCAGUAAACAGGAGUAUGAUGAAGCUGGUCCAUCCAUUGUCCACCGCAAGUGCUUCUAAGCACUUUUCCCCUCAAUUUACUUCCCACUCAGGAUGACGACAAUAUGCUUCUUGGAGUCUUCUGGCAACCCUUCCUGAACUCUUCAGUCAUUGUACAGUUUGUUUACACACCCGUGCAAUUUAUUUGUGCUUCUAAUAUUUAUUGCUUUAUAAAUAAACAAGAUCUGGGACUUGCAACCUACAAA